UCGGCUGGGGGCAGGGGGCAUGGGACGCUCGGGCAUCCUGCUGCUGCUGCUGCUGCUGCUGGCUGGGCCGGGGGUGGGGGUGGCCUGGAGGCCCCCAAAGGGCAAGUGUCCUCCACGCUGCUCCUGCUCCAAAGACAGUGCCCUGUGUGAGGGCUCCCAGGACCUGCCAGAGAGCUUCUCCCCGACGCUGCUGUCACUCUCACUCGUGAGGACUGGAGUCACCCAGCUGAAGGCCGGCAGCUUCCUGAGGGUGCCGUCCCUGCACCUGCUCCUCUUCACGUCCAACUCCUUCUCUGUGAUCGAGGACGACGCAUUUGCCGGGUUGUCCCACCUGCAGUACCUCUUCAUUGAGGACAAUGAGAUCGGCUCCAUCUCCAAGAACGCGCUCCGGGGACUCCGCUCGCUCACACACCUAAGCCUGGCCAACAAUCACCUCGAGGUCCUGCCCAGAUUCCUGUUCCGGGGCCUGGAAACCCUGACUCACGUGGACCUCCGUGGGAACCCGUUCCAGUGCGACUGUCGCAUCCUUUGGCUGCUUCAGUGGAUGCCGACCGUGAACGCCAGCGUGGGGACGGGGACCUGUGCAGGCCCCGCUGCCCUGACUCACAUGCAGCUCCGCCACCUCGACCCAAAGACCUUCAAUUGCAGAGCCAUAGAGCUGUCCUGGUUCCAGAUGGUGGGGGAGUCGGCGCUGGGCGUGGAGUCCUUCUCCUACCAGGGGGAGCCCCACAUCAUCCUGGCCCAGCCCUUCGCUGGCCGCUGCCUGAUCCUCUCCUGGGACUACGGCCUGCAGCGCUUCCGGACGGAGGAUGAGCUGCCGGCGCCCUCCGUGGUGUCCUGCAAGCCCCUGGUGCUGGGCCCGCGCCUCUUCGUGCUGGCUGCCCGACUGUGGGGAGGAUCCCAGCUGUGGGCACGGCCGGGCCCCGACCUGCGCCUGGCCCCGAUGCAGGCACUGGCCCCCCGACGGCUGCUGAGGCCCAACGACGCGGAGCUCCUCUGGCUGGACGGGCAGCCCUGCUUCGUGGUGGCCGAUGCCUCCAAAGCUGGCAGCACCACACUGCUGUGUCGGGACGGGCCCGGCUUCUACCCACGCCAGAGCCUGCACGCCUGGCACCGGGACACGGACGCCGAGGCCCUGGAGCUGGACGGCCGGCCCCACCUGCUGCUGGCCUCGGCCUCACAGAGGCCCGUGCUCUUCCACUGGUUCGGUGGCCGCUUUGAGAGGCGCACGGACAUCCCAGAGGCUGAGGAUGUCUAUGCCACACGUCACUUCCAGGCUGGGGGGGAUGUGUUCCUGUGCCUGACGCGGUACAUCGGGGACUCUAUGGUCAUGCGCUGGGACGGCUCCAUGUUUCGCCUGCUGCACCAGCUCCCUUCCCGGGGUGCCCACGUCUUCCAGCCUCUGCUCAUCGCCAGGGACCAGCUGGCCAUCCUAGGCAGCGACUUUGCCUUCAGCCAGGUGCUCCGCUUUGAUCUCGACAAGGGGCUCCUGGAGCCACUGCAGGAGCUGGGGCCUCCUGCUUUGGUGGCCCCCCGUGCCUUUGCCCACGUCACCUUAGCGGGCAGACGCUUCCUAUUUGCGGCUUGCUUCAAGGGCCCCACGCAGAUCUACCAGCAUCAUGAGCUGGACCUGAGUGCCUGAGACUGGGCAGGACUCUAGACAUGGCCGAGCGCUGGCGUGGGGAGCCUUGGGCAUCUGGAUGACCUGUUGGCUGGCCUUCUGGCCCCACUUGGGGUAAUGACCAGACCUGUGAGAUGCUGACCACAGGCCAAGUUCAUCAGCUCCAGGUCCAAACCCUAGCCCACCUCUUGGAGGAACUGCCACUGGGAGACAUGGAAGUCCCAGCCUGAACUGCCCUCCCAGUUGGAAGCAAUAUCUGGCGGGAGAGAGAUGCCGGCUCUUGGUGACUUGGAAGCUCAGGCUGGGGCACUGCUUGGAGCCCAAACACCGCAUCCCCCCUUGAUGCGCAGAGUCCCGGAGAGGUCUGGAAGUUCUCCCUCAACGACUCCCACCCAAUCUGCUCCCUGCGAAAGCUCCAAAGACAGAAUUCCUUUCCCUUCCAAAUUCAAUCCUGCCAAUCGCUUUCAUGGAGUCCUGCCCGGCCCCACGACGUCACAGUUGCUGGGCAGUUUUUCCUGCCAGACCCGUUCCUUCUCUCAGCUGCUUAGGCGCACGUCUGCUGCCAG